AUGAACCUCGACCAGCAGCAGUGGAAUUCGUGGCGCAACCAGCAUUUCAAUAUACCCCCCAUCAACAACCUCGCUGACCCCAAGAAAGUGGUCAUCCACUCUCUCCUCCGGUCCAAGCCAGACUAUACUUGGGACAUCCGAGACGGGCCACACACCGCGGACCCUGACAUGGUCACUGAGCGGCUCAGCGAUCAGGCGACAUACCCCGCGCUACAGAGCAUUAUCCUCACGUCGCCGUUGUUCCCCUGGCAGCUCCCUAUCCUCCCGCGCGUCACGCCCUUCGUGAGCGUCGGCGACGUGCUACACACGGUCCACGAGAUGGCCAUCACUCCGCUCUCGGCGGCGGACAUCGCUCUGCUCCCGGACGAAGAGGUUGUUCAGAGCGAGCUGCAUUACCAGACGCGCUGCGACUUUCUCGUGGACCCAAGCGAGCGCCGCACGGCGAAGGCCAAGGGCGUCCUCAGGAUGGAUGUACUGCACGGCCACCACUACUUCGCCGGCGUUGCGAUAUUCCCCAACAGCUCGCGCCCUGGACAAGUCUGGGAGCUGCGUCUCCGCUAG